AUGGCGUCGCGGCAGCCCCUGAGAGUGCUGUGCCUCGCGGGCUUCCGGCAGAGCGAACGGGGCUUCCGUGAGAAGACUGGAGCGCUGAGGAAGGCGCUGCGGGGCCGCGCAGAGCUCGUGUGCCUCAGCGGGCCACAUCCGGUCCCCGAGGCAGCGGCUCCCGAGGGCGCCAGGCCAGACUCCGGUGAGACAAGCCUGCUCCGGAAAUGCCCCGCAACUUACCGGCCCCCUCAACACAGCGGACCUCCCGGUUCUCACCCAGGCUCCAGCCUGCGAUCCCUGAUCUUCUCCUUUAUCUGUGUCCAAUCCCUCUCAAGCUUGCCCUCCCCUUUCUCCCCGGCCCCCUCUAACCCUGGUCCCGUGCUCUUCUCCCAUCUGCUUCUAGGGCCCUGUGCUCCGGAGGAGCAGCCUCGAGGCUGGUGGUUUUCCGAACAGGAAGCAGAUGUUUUCUCCGCGCUGGAAGAGCCUGCGGCGUGCAGGGGUUUGGAGGCGGCCCUGGAAACGGUGGCAAAAGCCCUGGACUCGCUGGGGCCUUUUGACGGACUUCUUGGCUUCAGCCAGGGGGCUGCACUAGCCGCUUUUGUUUGUGCCCUGGGUCAGGCAGGCGAUCCCCGCUUCCCCUUGCCGCGAUUUAUCAUACUUGUGUCGGGGUUCUGCCCCCGAGGCCUUGGCCUUAAGGAAUCCAUCCUACAGAGCCCCUUGUCACUACCUUCGCUUCAUGUUUUUGGGGACACUGAUCGAGUCAUCCCUUCUCAGGAGAGUAUGCAAUUGGCUAGCCGAUUUCUUGGGGCUGUCACCCUCACCCACUCUGGCGGACACUUCAUCCCAGCAGCUGCAUCCCAGCGUCAGGCCUACCUCAAGUUCUUGGACCAGUUUGCAGAGUGA